AUUAACAAUUUUUUAGACCCUAAUGUUUACAAUUCAUACUCCACAAAUGUAACAUCUCAUGAUCAGAACUAGAAAACAUUGCUUAGGGUGGUUGUGUUAAAAUGGAUAAUAUGCUAAAGAACAGAGAGGACUCUCUAGAUGAAAUAAAGCCACCAUUCAACUAUGCUGAGUUUUUGGCAGCAGAGGGUCUUAAUGAUUGGCCUUUUCCUAUGAGCCUUGAGAGACCCCUGGAUAUUCAGUCUGAAGGAAUGUUUAUGGGAUCACAAGAGGAAAUCACUGAAAUAUUAAAAGCUUCAGCUCCCCUUGGGUUGUAUAUUCUAGAUGAAAUGGAGAACAGAUUAGAUGAUCUUGAGGACAAGCUGAACGUCUUUGCCAGUCAGAUUCUCACAGAUGAGAAGAGAACAUCUUUACUCACUGAGAAACUAUUUUACUCUCCUUCUAGAACAUUCAUAACAGAAGGAGCAGAUAUUGCAGCCAUUUUAUCAAGGAAAAAUUCCAGAGCACAUAAAAGCACAGACUUAGUAGAAUCAAUGCUUGAGACCAGAAAGAAGAGCUUAGAGUACUACAGAUUUCCUGGCUUUGUGGAUGGAGAACUUAUAGAGCUUCCAGCACAACUAGAAGCACCCCCAAUUUUACACAGAGUUACAAAAGCUCAAGAUUUUAAUUCUGGUUUUAAGAAAUUUUGGAAGAAACUGUUUUUGUCUGAAGCUUCGACAGCUGUUCUACAAGACUCAUUUUGGUGGAUUUUUCUUGAUUUUUUCAACAAAGAGGAAGAGUUCAAGGAAGAUAAGGACUGCUUAUUUGAUAGAAUGGCAGACAGUUUUGUUGCUUUAUUUACCAGCAUUAAUGCAGAAGUUAAAGAUAAAUUCCUGUCAGAAUAUCCUAACUGCUUGGCACAGGGCAUAUACUGUACUUUUAGAGAAGCUUUCCCAGAAUCUAUAUGGAAGUUCAAUAAUGAAUUCAAACAGUACCUAGUUGAUGUAGUGUAUGAGAUGGUUACUGGAAUCCAUCCUGUACCUGGUUUAUGGAAAACAUGGAAUGAAGAUAGACUUGAACAAAUUAAAACUACUAAAGCUAGUGAAACAGCCAAAAUGCUGGAAGCAGCUGGACUGCACAGACAAGUUGAGCUGAGUCUAGAUAUGGAUGGUUUCACAAAGGUCAUUGACAGACUUGGAGCAGAAACCAGUGCCCCUCAGCAAGGUCAGAUCACAAGGGAAGUAACCAAAAUGUCAAGUCCAUCAAAGGGAUCUCAGACUAAAAAAGCAGAGUCUCACCAGAUUGGCCCUGGCCCUAAGUAUGAAAGAGUCAAGUUUAACACCUCUGGCAGAAGUCCCUUGAUUGCUCAUUAUCUUCACAUGAGGAAGUUGAAAAGUUUUAAACAGCCAGGAAUGAAAGUCAGAAGGACUGAGAUAUUACAACUUCCUCCAGAUGGCCAAACUUAUGAAGAAUUUAUUGCAGAGACACUCAACAAAGCAGUGGUUUUAAAGGAAAAAUACAACAAGACUUGUGAGCAAUCAGAAGCUGAAAUAAAUGAGUUAAACAAAAAACAGCUUGCACUGAAUCGAAAAAUCAACAGGGCAAAGAGAGCUUUUAACAAUGCUAAAACCAUGCAGGAAAGGAGAGCACUUUUAGAUGAAAUGUCAAGUUACUUGGAAAGUGACCCAAAAGAGAUUCCACUCUUGGACCAAAAAUCAGCAAGAACUGACACAGCAAGUGAGGGAAGUGAUGAAAAUGUUUAACUCAAUCAUUCUCAGAAACUCCAGGAAGUUGACCAAAUUUUGUGGAACAAAUUAAUAAUGACAGACAUUCUAGUGACGAAAUAAAUAAUUGUAACACAUUUUUUUGCUAAAUCUUCCUAAUACUUUAUUCAUAAUUGAAGAAAAUUCAAUAUAUGUUGCCUGGAA